UCAAAGAUGAUCCUAUUCAAGACGUAUUCAAAGGGGACCAGGGAUGACCAAGUGAAAGAGUUGGACCCCUUUACUUUUCUUCCAUGGAACACGGUCUUCCUGUCUGUCCUUUUUGAUAAGGGCCUCUGUUCUUCUUCUUCGUUGGAAAUAACAAGACUAUUAUAGGACAACUAUUUGACUUGGUGACAUUGUGUUAUAUGAUUUCAGAAGAUGGGUUCUGACCCCUUCAAGAUCACCUGACCUGAUUGGACCUACCGGAUGUUGGAGGCGCCAACCGACGUCUCUGGCAGGGCAAAACCAGGAACUAAAACAUCUUGAUCCUCUAGAGGGACCUUUUUAAAGUCGCCCCUCUCCCCCCCACUUCCUUCUGGUGGGGGGGAGGGCAUAGCAGUUAGCCUAUCACAGCUCAGGACUUGUCCCUUCAAUAGCCAGUUAGCCUAUCACAACCAGGUCUGGUCCCUUUGUUAGCAAGUUAGCCUAUCACAGCUCAGGACUGGUUCCUUUGUUUGCCAGUUAGCCUAUCACAGUUCAGGACUGGUCCCUUUGUUAGCUCGUUAGCGUAUCACAGCUCAGGACUGGUCCCUUUGUUAGCCUGAUAGCCUAUCACAGCUCAGGACUGGUCCCUUUGUUAGCCUGAUAGCCUAUCACAGUUCAGGACUGGUCCCUUUGUUAGCUCGUUAGCGUAUCACAGCUCAGGACUGGUCCCUUUGUUAGCCUGAUAGCGUAUCACCUGUGAGGAUACUGAGACCAGGACCAGACCAGCAGCAUGGAGGCUAGUCAGGGUCACAGCCAGGGCAGCCCAGAGAGCACUAACCGGGCCGUAGAGUACCUCCUGGAGCUGAACAACAUCAUAGAGAGCCAGCAGAAGCUCCUGGACACCCAGAGGCACCGUAUCGAUGAGCUAGAGGUCCAGUUAGACCGCCUGGCCCAGGAGAAUAAAGAUCUACGCCUGGAUCGCCAGCGACCUUUACCCCCUGAACCCCCACCACCACCCGGCCCCCCGCCACCGCCUGCCAACAAAACUAGCCACACAGCCAUACCCUCUGUACCAGUUCGCCCGGUUCAGACCAAGUCCUUUAGUAGUACCAGAACCAACACUACAGCCAUACCCUCCGUACCAGUUCGCCCGGUUCAGACCCAGUCCUUUUAUAGUACCAGUACCAACACUACAGCCAUACCGGCCUCCGCACCCCCGGUACCUGUAUGGGAUAAACACACCCCUCGAACCCCGAAGACCCCCCACCGUACACCCCAAACCCCAAAACAAACCCCCGUCACCACCCAGACCCCCCGCACCCCCCAGACCCCUAAACGAACCCCCCACACCCCCCACACCCCGCUGACCCGGACCAUCUCGACCGGAACAGGGACCAGUUUCGUGGAGAUGGAGAAGGAGAGAUUAAACAGGAUGGAGAAAGAGAGGACAGAGAGACUUCAUAGUUCCACCUUGGGAAAUCCCACCAGCCACCCACACAGCCACAGACAGUCAGGUGGACCUCACAACAAUGAAAGGUCAACACCUUAUUCAACCUGUUGCGCUUCUUCUUCUCGUUCCAAUCCUCCUACCACCAGCACCACCACCACCGUCACUACUACUCUUCCUGUUCCUAGUUCUACCUCCUCCCUCCACAGCAGUCUGACAGCUAACAGUCAGUCCAGCUCCACCCACCACCAGUACUGUUGCCCUGCCCGGCUGCUCCUGCCCAAGCCGCCUUGCGCCCUCCCCCCAUCCAGGCACUCCGACCAGGCAAGAGAGGACGAAGACGAUGACAUCGCCCAUCAGUUCUGUUGCCCCGCCUCUGAGUGCAGUAGCCCGUCCUCUAGGUAACCAGCCGAUCACUUGAACCUCCUUCUCGUUUUUUUACCGUUGACCUCCAAACAACCUUACGGAGAAAAUGCUGAGGGCAACAACUGGACACAACUCGUCGGGGUUUGAAAAAUAUAUAAACUUUUAAAACGCACAAACCUGGCUGGAGACGAGGCA